AUGAACAACGAGCCUGUCUCUUCUUCGUCAGAAAUGACACCUGUUACGUUGAGCGACGACGUGCUGCAAAAUUUGAUGUCCCCGAACUGCGAAAUUAUCAAAUGUUACGCGGAGAAAUGUGAUAUGUGUCACAAAGACAGCACGCAAAACGCGAUCGAUCUUGAAGACGUAUCCAUUACUUGCACCGAGACGUCAGAUGACGAAGGGGAGAACACGUCCGAGCAAUUGUCAACAGAUAUUGAGCAACCGGCGAAUCAACUUCGACUCGUGACGGAUGCAGAAUCGUCCAUCGAUUGCAAAAAAAAUUUGGCAUCUGUCCUUCCUGAGCGUAUUCAAAGACUCCGCUUGGAGAUAACGAGUCUUCAGGAGGAAUUGAAUCGGGAAGAGGCCAUUUUGCGAGAUGAGAAGGAAGAAUUUCAGUUUUUACGUGAACAAAGCGACGCUCUCGCGUUCGAAGAAGCAACCGCUGCCGCACGAGCUGCAACCGCGGCUUAUGCCAUCGAGUCGCCACUCUUGAAUGAUCUGAGCAAAACUGUGGACAUCAUAUCCGAGAAGAGUACCAGAGAACAGAUGAUAAUCGAAUACGAGAAGAACUUGGCCAAGUAUUACGACCUGUAUUCCACGGAGCGGCCCGAACAACGUUUUAACUCAUACAAACACACGUUUGUCGAUACUUACCAGCAGAAGCUGUUAGAAGUCGAGCGCCUUUGCAACGAGGAACUGGAAAGAAUACGCGAGAACAUGAACUACUUGCAAUCUUUUAAGGAGAUCGCGUCGCAGUGGUCGCUGAACGAGAACGAUCGCGGUGAUUCCAGCCGCAAAUACAUCGAGCAAGCCGACACCGAGCACUCGAAAAUUGCAGAGACGAAUUUCGAUAAGAAUAACUGGUGUCUUAGGCUUGGUAAAGUGGACGACGAAGUCAAUAUGACCCCAGAAAUUUUGUCAGCUCGAUUGAAACGAGAAGACACGACGUAG